AUGAUGCUUCUCCAACUCCCCACAGAAUUGAUACAGCUCAUUCUGAGGAACUGCGACACACCAGGCUAUUUCCAAGCAGCCUUUUCAAGUCGCAGACUCUAUGAAAUUGCUUCUACCAGCCGAGAAGCCAUCAUUCAUCGACUUCAUCAUACUCCUGGGUAUAAUGACAUCGAAGGUCAUCCUACUAAAUACCUAUUUAGCGAGUUGAUGAAACGGUCUUAUGAACAAUUAGACGGCGCCGAACAUUAUGCAAAGCCCACCUACGAAUUUCAACGUCGAGUGAUUGAUUGUCGUGCAUCGACGCUGGAGACAUCAAAAGAUAGUCUUCGAGCACUGCUUGUCUUCAAAGGCUACAGCACCGUCCACCUGCUUAACAUUGGCAACAGGAACCGGCCCGAAGUCGAGCUGACAUCACCAGGACAAGAUAUCGGGAAGAUCGAGAUCAUCCAGACUGCUUUCGAUGGGAAAUGCGGAGUUUACGUGCUGCAUCGCUUCCUACCAUCCUUAGACCGAGAGCUGGAUAUGAACCACCCGUUUGUGAAACAGGCUCUAGAGUCUCACCCCAAUGGAAGUAUUCAUCUAGCUUAUCAUCAUUUGGAUCCUCAAAAGAACGCUAUUCAUAUGUUGGACUUCCCUGAAUGGCAGGGUUAUAGGCCACUGGCUCUGGCUGCUACCGACGACAAGUUUGCAAUCUCAUGGCAAAAUACACUCGAUCCCCUUGAUUAUCACGUUGUUCUGUAUGCCGGCCUUCGAGAUGAAGAUGAAGACGAAGAUGAAGAUCAUUUGAGUGACAAUGUCACCGAGCAAGGCAAAAAAGACGGCCCUCCCAAAAUUAUUCAUGCCACGUGUGAAGCCUGCGUCUUGAGCAGCUCGACUGGGCAAGAUACACAUGUUUAUCCAUCUCAGAGAACUGGCCCCGUAGUGAAGUUAACGUUCAAUGACCGCGGUUUUCAGUUGCUCUACCACUACCGGGCCCAGAACGUUUAUGGUGACUUUCAGAGAAUUCAUCACCUCCCAGGGCGAGGUCAGGGAGAACAUAGGCCACGUCUAAAUGCCAAUGCCUGCACCGUUCAGUUUUCACCCUCCCUCUCCCUGCAAUUCUCUAUCGGAAUACCAUUCUUCGGAACUCACGAGUUCGGUGAUCCAGACCAUGGGGGACGGUGUCAUUGGCAAUAUCUCGCCUUCGGAAUCGCGACCCAUCGAGUCGAACAAUGGACGGUGGCAUGCCUGCUAAAGUCGGAAACCUAUACUGGUCGGCGCUGUACUCACCUUUUGAACCUCGGCCGCGGACGACGUUUCGAUCAUUGGCAGAUCGUGGCGCAGCUUGGGGGAUUCCGUGAGCUGACGACCUCGCAGGGUUCUCGGGUAGCGACAUCGCGUCGCGGGACUCGCAUUGCAGUCGCGAACUGGAAGACUCUAUAUGUCUGGGCGCUGAAUCCCUUCGAGUUGAUUGAAGGCAACCGUACCGGCUAUUAUCCACCAUCAUGGGAAUCUUCUACGAGUGCCAUCGAGCUGCGACCCGUGGUUAUCCAGUUGGAGGCGGUUUGUUCUCAACUGCGGUUCACUGAAAAGGAAGACGAGCUAGUUGCUAUCACUGAUCACGGGUUGAUGUACCUGCCUCUCGGGUAUAGUGGGAAUGACAAGCGGCUAGCUGAGAGCUAG